CGUGGUGCUGGCUGUUACCGGAAGUGACGUGUGUGGCUCCGGUUCGGUUGCAGAGAUGGCGGCUGUGGGCAGCCGGAGUGUCAUGGUUCUCCUACUGACAGCUGGGACCUGGCUGCUGCCGGGAGCCCGGGGAACCGACCCCUCCCGCUGGAGGACGGAGAUACACACGGUCAGUGCGAGCAGGGGCCGCUAUUAUAGGGCCAGUGUAUUAUAAUAAUAAUAACAAUAAUAAUCAUAAUAAUGGGAGGGCAGUAUAGUGCUUACAGGGGCUGUUAUUAUAGGGCCAGUGUAUAAUAAUAAUAAUAAUGGGAGGGCAGUAUAGUGCUUACAGGGGCUGUUAUUAUAGGGCCAGUGUAUAAUAAUAAUAAUAAUGGGAGGGCAGUAUAGUGCUUACAGGGGCUGUUAUUAUAGGGCCAGUGUAUAAUAAUAAUAAUAAUAAUAAUAAUGGGAGGGCAGUAUAGUGCUUACAGGGGCCGUUAUUAUAUGGCCAGUGUAUAAUAAUCAUAAUAAUAACAAUAAUAAUAAUAAUGGGAGGGAAGUAUAGUGCUUACAGGGGCCAUUAUUAUAGGGCCAGUGUAUAAUAAUCAUAAUAAUGGGAGGGCAGUAUAGUGCUUACAGGGGCUGUUAUUAUGGGGCCAGUGUAUAAUAAUCAUAAUAAUAACAAUAAUAAUAAUAAUGGGAGGGCAGUAUAGUGCUUACAGGGGCUGUUAUUAUAGGGCCAGUGUAUAAUAAUAAUAAUAAUGGGAGGGCAGUAUAGUGCUUACAGGGGCUGUUAUUAUAGGGCCAGUGUAUAAUAAUAAUAAUAAUAAUAAUAAUAAUGGGAGGGCAGUAUAGUGCUUACAGGGGCCGUUAUUAUAUGGCCAGUGUAUAAUAAUCAUAAUAAUGGGAGGGCAGUAUAGUGCUUACAGGGGCUGUUAUUAUAGGGCCAGUGUAUAAUAAUAAUAAUAAUAAUAAUAAUGGGAGGGCAGUAUAGUGCUUACAGGGGCCGUUAUUAUAUGGCCAGUGUAUAAUAAUCAUAAUAAUAACAAUAAUAAUAAUAAUGGGAGGGAAGUAUAGUGCUUACAGGGGCCAUUAUUAUAGGGCCAGUGUAUAAUAAUCAUAAUAAUGGGAGGGCAGUAUAGUGCUUACAGGGGCUGUUAUUAUGGGGCCAGUGUAUAAUAAUCAUAAUAAUAACAAUAAUAAAAAUAAUGGGAGGGCAGUAUAGUGCUUACAGGGGCUGUUAUUAUAGGGCCAGUGUAUAAUAAUAAUAAUAAUAAUGGGAGGGCAGUAUAGUGCUUGCAGGGGCUGUUAUUAUAUGGCCAGUGUAUAAUAAUAAUAAUAAUGGGAGGGCAGUAUAGUGCUUACAGGGGCCGUUAUUAUAUGGCCAGUGUAUAAUAAUCAUAAUAAUGGGAGGGCAGUAUAGUGCUUACAGGGGCCAUUAUUAUAGGGCCAGUGUAUAAUAAUGGGAGGGCAGUAUAGUGCUUACAGGGGCCGCUAUUAUAGGGCCAGUGUAUAAUAAUCAUAAUAAUGGGAGGGCAGUAUAGUGCUUACAGGGGCUGCUAUUAUAGCGCCAGUGUAUAAUAAUCAUAAUAAUGGGAGGGCAGUAUAGUGUUUACAGGGGCCAUUAUUAUAGGGCCAGUGUAUAAUAAUCAUAAUAAUGGGAGGGCAGUAUAGUGCUUACAGGGGCUGCUAUUAUAAGCGCCAGUGUAUAAUAAUCAUAAUAAUGGGAGGGCAGCAGUAUAGUGUUUUACAGGGCCAUUAUUAUAGGGCCAGUGUAUAAUAAUCAUAAUAAUAGGAGGCAGUAUAGUGCCCACAGGGGCCGUGUGUAGCCAUGGCCUGUAAGCACUAUACCCUCCCUUAUUACACUAACUAUAUGUAGCUUGGCCAGAGGCAGUGUGUAGCCAAUCGCCAAUAAUGGGAGGAGCAUUAUAUGGUGCUUUACAGGGCGCUAUUAUAGGGCCAGUGUAUAUGAAAAUAUAGCCAAUGGGAGGGCAGUAUGAGUACUUACAGGGGCGCUAUUACCAGGGCAGUGUAUAAUAAUCAUAAUGGGAGAGCAGUACUUAAAAUUGCCCACAGGGGCGCUAUUAUAGGAGGCCAGUGUAUAAUAAUCAUAAUAAUAGGAGGGCAGUAUAGUGCUUACAGGGGCUAUUAUUAUAGGGCCAGUGUAUAAUAAUCAUAAUAAUGGGAGGGCAGUAUAGUGCUUACAGGGGCCGUUAUUAUAUGGCCAGUGUAUAAUAAUAAUAACAAUAAUAAUAAUAAUGGGAGGGCAGUAUAGUGCUUACAGGGGCCAUUAUUAUAGGGCCAGUGUAUAAUAAUCAUAAUAAUGGGAGGGCAGUAUAGUGCUUACAGGGGCCGCUAUUAUAGGGCUCAGUGUAUAAUAAUCAUAAUAAUGGGAGGGCAGUAUAGUGCUUACAGGGGCUGUUAUUAUAGGGCCAGUGUAUAAUAAUAAUAAUAAUAAUAAUAAUAAUGGGAGGGCAGUAUAGUGCUUACAGGGGCUGUUAUUAUAGGGCCAGUGUAUAAUAAUAAUAAUAAUGGGAGGGCAAUAUAGUGCUUACAGGGGCUGUUAUUAUAGGGCCAGUGAUAAUAAUAUUAAUAAUGGGAGGGCAGUAUAGUGCUUACAGGGGCUGUUAUUAUAGGGCCAGUGUAUAAUAAUAAUAAUAACAACAAUAAUAAUAAUAAUGGGAGGGCAGUAUAGUGCUUACAGGGGCUGUUAUUAUAGGGCCAGUGUAUAAUCAUAACAAUAAUAAUGGGAGGGCAGUAUAGUGCUUACAGGGGCUGUUAUUAUAGGGCCAGUGUAUAAUAAUAAUGGGAGGGCAGUAUAUUGCUUACAGGGUCCAUUAUUAUAGGGCCAGUGUAUAAUAAUAAUGGGAACUGACCUAGCAGGGAGGGCAGUAUAGUGCUUACAGGGGCCUUUAUUAUAGAGCUAGUGAAUAAUAAUAAUAAUAAUAAUAAUGGGAACUGACCUAGGAGGGAGGGCAGGAUAGUGCUUACAGGGGCCUUUAUUAUAGGGCUAGUGGUAUAAUAAUAAUAAUAAUAAUGGGAACUGGCCCAGCAAGGAGGGCAGUAUAGUACUUACAGGGGCCAUUAUUAUAGAGCUAGUGUAUAAUAAUAAUAAUGGGAACUGACCUAGCAGGGGGGGCAGAAUAGUGCUUACAGGGGCCAUUAUUAUAGGGCUAGUGUAUAAUAAUAAUUAUGGGAACUGACCUAGCAGGGAGGGCAGAAUAGUGCUUACAGGGAACGUGGCAGCAGGGGCCAUUAUUAUAGGGUUACUAGUAUUUAAUAAUAAGUGGAACUGAUCCAGCAGGGAGGGUAGAAUAGUCCUUACAAGGGCCAUUAGUAUUAGUAUAAUAAUAAUGGGAACUGACCUAGCAGGGGGCAGAGUAGUGCUUAGAGGGAACGAAGAUAAAAUGCUAAAAUCAAUAGCUUUGGGGAAACCGUGUCAAGAGAAGCAGUUAUCUGGUUUGGACUCCAUUUUAUUUAUUUACAGCAACAUUGACAAAGGGUUAUGUCAUUUAGAGUAACAGGGAGAGAAGGAAUACAUUCUGAUAGAGAAAAUCAAGAGUAGAAGGAUUAGUACAUAGGUUUGGGGCCACAUAAAUACAUUGAGGCAAGAAGCAAUGAAUGGCCAGUCUUGUGAUGUGCUGCAACAGGAGAGUUAUCUUUGGUGCAGCAGGUAACAGAGGGUUAACACUUGGUGCAGCAGGUAACAGAAGGUUAACACCUGGUGCAGCAGGUAACAGAAGGUUAACACUUGGUACAGCAGGUAGAGAAGGGUUAAACACUUGGCGCAGCAGGUAAAGUAGAAGUUAAACCCUUGGCACAGCAGGUAAAGUAGAGGUUAAACCCUUGGCACAGCAGGUAAAGUAGAGGUUAAACCCUUGGCACAGCAGGUAAAGUAGAAGUUAAACCCUUGGCACAGCAGGUAAAGAAGGGUUAAACACUUGGUGCAGCAGGUAAAGUAGAGGUGGUUAAACACUUGGUGCAGCAGGUAAAGUAGUGGUUAAACACUUGGUGCAGCAGGUAAAGUAGUGGUUAAACACUUGGCGCAGCAGGUAAAGUAGUGGUUAAACACUUGGUGCAGCAGGUAAAGUAGUGGUUAAACACUUGGUGCAGCAGGUAAAGUAGUGGUGGUUAAACACUUGGUGCAGCAGGUAAAGUAGUGGUUAAACACUUGGUGCAGCAGGUAAAGUAGUGGUGGUUAAACACUUGGCGCAGCAGGUAAAGUAGAGGUUAAACACUUGGCACAGCAGGUAAAGAAGGGUUAAACCCUUGGCAGAGCAGUUAAAGAAGGGUCAACACUUUGUGUAGCAGGUAACAGAAGGCUAACAUUGGUGCAGCAGACACGGAAGGGUUAAGCUUAGGAUAUUGGCCACAGACAAAGAUUGUGUGCACAGCAAGGAGAGGAAGCUUUUUCUGCUUAUUGGGGCAACAUACAUUGAAGAUGUUGAAUUAUAUGGUUAUAUGGUGACAUAUUAAAAGGUUUGUACAUGCGUAUCAGAGUGUAAGUGGUUUCAUUUUUAAAUUGGGUCAAACAGAAAAGAACGGGUAGAUUGUAGGUAGUCUGCAAAUCCAGUGAGGUAUGCACCCUUUUCUUUUUCUUAUUUGUUGUUUCAUUAAAUUUAUGCUUCAUUCACUUUGUGCUUUUUCAGCUCUGAAUUCACCAAUUUAAUAUUUAUUCUUUGUGUGGUAUAUUGCCCAUUGUAAAAGUUGUAGUUUAGGUGACUUGGUUAACAGACCGGCAUCUGUUAACCAAGACAAAGCAUCAACUUAUCUUUAUUGUUGGGUCUUUAUGUUUCUGCUUCACAUUUUUUAUUUAUUGUUUUACGCCUUGGAUGACUGGAAUCUACACUGAAUGCAUUUCUUGUUUAUUUGCAAAUGUUGCCAGCAUGAGUUAUCAGCUUUUACUAGUACCGUAUAUACUCGAGUAUAAGUCGACCCGAAUAUAAGUCAAGACCCCUAAUUUUACCCCAAAAAACUGGCAAAACUUAUUGACUCGAGUAUAAGACUAGGGUGGGAAAUGCAGCAGCUACUGAUAAAUAAAUAAAAUUAUAUCCCCAAAAAAUUAUAUUAAUUGAAUAUUUAUUUACAGUGUGUGUAUAUAAUGAAUGCAGUGUGUGUGUAUAUAAUGUGGUGUGUGUAUGAGUGCAGUGUGUGUGUGUGAUGCAAAGUGUGUUUGUGUGUGUGAUGCAGAGCCUUGGUGGGGGGUGGGAAUUUUUAUUAAUUUCUUUUAAUUAUUAUUAUUAUUUUUUAUAUUAAUAUUUUAUUUUUAUUUUAUUAUUUACAUUAUUAUUUAUAUUUUUUUGUCCCCCCUCCCUGCUUGUUGGCUGGUCAGGGAGGGGGGCUCUCAUUCUCUGGUGGUCCAGUGGAUGGGCUGUGUAGGAGGGGGGCUGGCAGAGAACUGUAACUUACCUUUCCUGCAGCUCCUGUCAGCUCCCUUCUCUCUCCUCCUGUCCGGUCAGCUCCCCUGUCAGUCUCGCGGUCUGAGUGCCGCGCUCUGACCCUGUGGCUCUCGCGAGACUUGCAAGGGAGCUGACAGGAGCUGCAGGAAAGGUAAAUAAACGCUUCCUGCCAGCCCCCAACAGGACCGCCGGGCUCGUAAUGAGCCUGGCGGUCCUUGUCUGUAUUAUGGCAAUGUAAGUUGCCAUAAUACAGACAGUGACUCGAGUAUAAGACGAGUAGGGGGGUUUCAGCACAAAAAAUUUGCUGAAAAACUCGUCUUAUACUCGAGUAUAUACGGUAUAUAGUAGGCUUUCAAUACAUCUAGAAGUACAGCUGAGUGUGCCUGGAGGGGGGCUGUUUUACAUCUUGGGUAUUUCAAAGUCUUCUGUCAAUGUGAGGAUUGUGUUACCUCUAUGAGUUAACCCCACAUCUUGCAUUCUAUUCCUACAUCUUUAUUUUCCUUUUAAGGGCUUACAUCAGGAGUUCCCUAUAGGUAGAUCCCCAGAUGUUGCAGCACUACGUUUCCUAUGAUGCUUUGCAUGCCUCUAGAAUACCUUUUAGAAUGGCAAAGCCUCAUGGGAGUUGUAGUUUUAAAACAUCUGGGGAUCUACCUUCUGGGCCGCCCUGGCUUUACAUGGUUUAUAAGGCUCACUUUCUUUACACUGCUGUUCUAAUAUGGCUGUAUAGUCGAGAGGAAAAUAAUGGUUAUAUGAACAGUAUGACAUGCAUUCAAACAGAGAAAUGAAUCUUUAAAAGUAAAUGGAGCAAUACAACUUGCCUAAUUUUGUAUUUAGUGGCUAAUAAGCACUGAGGGAUAAAAACACACUCAGACCCAGAGAUAUUUAUUAUGAGUACAUUAAAAAAGAGGAAAUUGGGAAACCUAACAACAUGAGUGAAAUCAGAGGGUUGUUUUUCCCUAUUGAAAAAGGAACCUACUAGACAUUGUUCAAAUAGAUGUGUUAACCGUCAUUCUCUACUCUUUUUAAUUUCUUGAACUGUAAUUCACAGAGUUUUGUUAUACUAUUCAGUUAUAGAAUAGUCAUCCUUACAGCAUGGGGGCGACUACCUGUUCAUGAUAAGUUGGUAUAUCUAAAAUCUCUGGAUUGUUCUGCUUAAUAGUGUGUAUUUUUAUCUCUUGUUGACAACUGAUGUUUUAAGACUGCCUUGAUAAAAUGAGAAUUGCCCAAAGGGCUAAAAUAUAUUCUCCCAAUAUAAUCCCUUUAUAUAGUUGCAAGAGGCAGCAUGCGCGGCUACCCAACUCCAAGUAUCCCUCAAUUCAGCACUCAUCUCUGUAGUUGUUCCUGUUACAAGGAGAAUUUAAAUACUUUGCCAUAAGGAAGUUUUUUUGUGGGGCUGUUAUAGGGUCUUUCCACUAUUUGAACCUUCUUACUAAUACGGUCUGGCUUGUUCUUGGAGAAUAGGCUGUAGUCCUGUAUGUUCUUUACAUACCUCUUGUACUUUGUGUGGGUUAGUGGAUAUGUUUGUCGUGGAGUGGGUACUCUGUCUGUCUGGUCUGAACCCAGUAAUCUAAGGAAUGUUCUCUUGCCUUUUGCUUAUACAUGCAUGUGUACAACCCCAAUUCUCUUAACUGAAUGAAUAUUUCUUAAACUUUGGAAAUAUUGACCUCCAAAAGGAGGGGUUUACUUUUUGAAUGCUGGUGGGAGUAAUUUCGCUUAAAAAAAAAAAAAAAAAAAAAAACACUUUUAUUAAUACAGUAUUGUAUAUUUGUAUCACUUCUAAUUAUAAUUUAUAUAAAAACGUUGUAUCAGUAUUCUUUGCCAUCAAGAGUAUCAUGUAUUGUACUUGUUUAUGUUCUUGCAUGCUUAAGCUAUUUACCAGCUGCCAAAAUGAGUGCUCUCUCUCAUUUUGUAUUUAUUUAUUUGCAGAAUGAGUUUUUCAGCUUUGGAAAGAUCCUUUUUCGGAACUCCACAAUCUUCGUCAAAUGUAAGUACAUAGAUCCAAUGAUUUAUAUGUGGGUUUAUGCAUGCAUAGUGGCUUAUGAAUGCAUCAUUACUGAGUGUCGUACAGACUUCUUUGGGUCUUAACUGAUAUUCGUUCUUUGUUUUGUCUGUUGUUCAUGGGGAGGAGAUGGAUUAUGUUCCGCUACAUUGUGCCUGUAUGUGUUGUCUCUUAUGUGCGCAUAGGGGCCACAUCGCAACACAUCUAAUUAAAAGAACAGCUCCUUAACUCCAUAAUUGCCACGCCCCUGGAGCAUUCCCUGCAGUUAGUUCAUAUUCUCCAAAUAGACAUUUACGGCACGUGGAACUUUUUCUUUGACAAAUUUCCAAAGUCAAAUCCUUUUUGCACCUGUUGAGCAGGUUUUCUUUGUUAACAUAUGGAACAAAAUUAAUUUGUUUGUUUUGUGCUAACCUCUUAUUUAAAGUGAUAUUAAAUUGUACAUUCAACUUUUGUUUCAUGAGUAAAAGUGAAUUUUAUAGGCCAAUAAUAGGACUUGUAUGUUCCAAUGUUGAAACCCAGAUUCACCAUGUGUAUUUGCAAAAUAUGCAAAGUCACAAGGAGGUGACAGAUCCUCUUUAAAGGGACACUAGACGCUUCUUAACUACUACAGCUUUUAGGGUUUGUUGGGAUAUAUUGCAAACAGUCUGUGUAAUGUUUUUCCCCCCCCCAAAACCGUUUUCAUGCAGUUUUAGGAAGAGGGGAAAAAGGCCCCCAGUACCAAAAGUUUAGCAUCUUACAUUAUUUCCAAUAGCAUAGAACAUUCAUUUUCUUUUGAUCUGCUCAUAGCCUAGUGCUCACAUAUUAUUGCUUUACAUAAGUUGGACUUUGGAUGCUGGGAGAACAUAAUUUUUUGUCAAAUUGCUCAAACUGCUUGACAUGCAAUGGAGAGAAGUACAGUGACUAACUUCUACAAUAAGCUGUAGUGCCCAGAAGACUACCCCCAUGCGUGCGACCGGGGUUAAUUACUCAAUCUUGACUGACGAGACUCCCCCCUGCCCUUCCCCCUCCCCCCCCCUCUUUCCACCUAAACCCAAUCCUCCCUGACCCAACCACUAGACCAGUGUUUCCCAACCCAGUCCUCAAGGCACACCUACCAGUCCAGGAUUUAGGGAUUACCCAGUUGUGUCUAAUGUGUUUUUUUUCUUCUGGGUAAUCCCUAAAUCCUGGACUGGUAGGUGUGCCUUGAGGACUGGGUUGGGAAACACUGCACUAGACCACGAAGCGGUCAAGCACCACUAGCACGGCACUCACAUCCGAUACCCACUCCAGACCUACACAACUCCGCACCACAAACACCUCACAACUUAAUGUACAACCCACCGCAGACGACAUUGCAUGUCAAGCCUAUUCAGUGGAAACUUGUCAUUAACGCUACUACAAUAUUACUGCAGUGUACGUCCCCCAGAUCAAACCACACAUGUUAAUUCAACUAGAUAGGCAAAACCCCAAAAUAAAUCCAAAUUCAUACUCCACUCAAUACACUGACUGCUACCAUCCUCACAAUUUACUCUAAACACUGACAUGCCCCCAAUCUCAUAUCACCCACAAGAGUUUGGCACACUGUUGUCUCCAUGGGGCUAUUAUUUAUUACACUACUGUAACUUGCUGUCUAUUUUUAGCUCCAUACUAAUUUACCAUGGAAUAAUGAUGUUUCUCGUUUUACGCAUACAAUUCAUUUUGCUGUAAGCUUUAUCGCUUGCAUAGAUAGGCAUAACUUAAAUAAGUUGCAAUGUAAAAUGCCUUUUCUAAACCUAGCAAAAAUGCAGCUGCCCUACAUGCUUAGGCCUAAUUAGGUGCUGUUAUGCUGCACCCAUUUAAGAUUUAUUACAUGUCUGACCGCUAUAUCACCUUUGCCAUAUAUGCUUAAUACAAAAGUGUUAUGAUUUUGGUUUCUCUACUCAAUUUAAUGUAUAAAUAUAUGGCUCAAUCCCUUGCUAUAUGCAUACACCGAAUAGAUAUCCAGAUGUUGCAAAUAGCGUACCAUUGCCCAUGCCGAAACUGAUGUGCAACAUGUAAUUGGCAAUUGCCGUUACUUUUUCUCGACAUACUAUGCCUCUGCGCAGGCACCAGAGUGUUAAUUUGUUAAACACGUUUUAUGUCUAUUAUUCUGCAUGCAAAAUAAAAACUAUGUAACACAAUAAGCUGUAGUGGUUAUGUUGCGUAAAGUCACUGUUUAACAUGUGUUCCUGCUUACAAUGAAUUUUCUCAAUCUUCUGCACACCAUUGAGGCUUGUUAUAAUGUAAGCUUCUAUUUAUCUUCCUCAAACCCCACUCACUGAAGUAAUUUACGCUAAUCCUUAGAUAUGCUUGAAUGUUGUUUAUAUCUUCCUUGUAAAUCACAAGCUCUGUUUCCAUCCUGGCUGUAAGCUUGCAUAUGGAGUUCUCAGGACCUACCGUAAUCAUACAAUACUUCUUGAUAAUUCAUGCUUGAUUGCAGGGUAUCCGCCUGUUCCACGGGUCUCAUUUAUUUAUUUACAUUCUCUCUUAGUUGAAAAUGACCAGAAGACAUGCGAUCACUCUCUUCGUUAUAACAUCAGUUGGUACUUACGGCAGUGCAAUUGCUAUAAUGAAAUCUCUAAUUUUGGGGUAGGUACCUAAGACUGCCAAAGCAUUGCUGGUACAAAAUGAAAUAGAAUGCCUAUGUUAAUGGAAUGUAGUAACCUAUAUUUUAAAAAAUGAACAAGAUGGAGUAUAACCGUAGGGAUAUGGAGAGGCAGCACAAAAUAUCAGCGACAGCCUGUACCAGACCAGUUUAGCUUGUGAUACACAGCAUCCAUUAUUAGUACUUACUUAAGCCAUGCCAUGUACCAUCCGAGUCUCAUUUACAGUACUCACAUGACACCCGUAAGAUAAGCAACCCCUGACUUAAAACCUUAUAUACGCUGACAAAACAUAAAGCUUUAAAACUCUACCCUCUGCAUAGAGUACCCAAAUCACGUAGCUCUUACAUGAUUGGAAUCCAUGCUAACUUUAGUAUUUAACUUUUACUGAAUCGUGUAAAAAGGAAACGAGAAUGUGUUGCUAUUAAAGGACCACUAUAGUGCCAGGAAAACAAACUCAUUUUCAUGGCACUAUAGUGCCCUGAGGUCCCACUCCCACCGAGCUGAAUGGAGAGGAAGGGGGUUAAACACUCACCUUUCUCCAGCGCCGGACUCCCUCGGCGCUGGGGACUCUCCUCCCUCUUCUGAUGUCAUCGGGUGAAUGUGUGGCAAGAGCUGAGCGCGCAUUCAGCCAGUCCAUAGGAAAGCUUUCUUAAUCACAGUGAGAAGCGCGAAAGUGCCUCCAGCGGCUGUCAAUGAGACAGCCACUAAAGGCUGGAUUAACACUAAAGUAAACAUAGCAGUUUCUCUGAAACAACCAUGUUUACAGCAGGCAGGGUUAAUCCUAGAUGGACCUGGCACCCAGACCACCUCAUUAAGCUGAAGUGGUCUGGGUGCCUAUAGUGGUCCUUUAAGUACAUACUCUUUAUUUCUUGAGCAACACUUCAUAGAAGUAUCUUCAUACAUAAGAGGAUUUAUCGAGGCAUAUAGAUGGGACAUGGGAGGCUCAACCAGUUCGAAUUAGUAGAAUCUUUUGUAGUAUGCUGCUAUAAGUACAUUGUUAGAUUGUGACUCUUAGUUUGCUAAUGUUAGAAUUUAACUGCUGUAAAUGUAAAACCAAGCUGUUUUGACAGUUUUUUUUACAGGAGAAUUUGUUUUUGCUUUUAAAACAAUUCGCUCCACUGUGAUGAAGCCGACCUUAAUAUGUCAGUUUAAUAUUCAUCUGUGUUUAUGUCAUUGCAUUUAAAAGACUUCCUAGUCCUGCUUCAACGCAUAGUGUGGUCUGGUUUGAUCACAGCAGAGUGAUGUGUAAUUAAUCAGACUGAGUAUUCUCAAGCUAGAAUCUGUGUGCAUAGUAUAGUAAUGUCUAAAGUAAGAGCAAACUAAUCUCCAAGUGCCAAGGUAUAAGUUAGUGUUUCCAUGGCAACCUGGCACAAGAGACUUGUGUAAAAGUAAGCUGUAUCCGUAAUAACUCACCUGUAAUUCCGUUUAAUUCAUCAUGCCUUUCUUGGUGAGUAGACUGUGGAAAAGUGAUGUAGGGAUAUAAUCUUAAACCAGUUUUUAUUAGCUCAGACCAAAUUCGUAUUUUCUAACACAGUUGGGAUCCAAAUGAUUGAAUAGCAUUUGCUUGGUGUUUUUUAUUUGUACAUUUACUUACAUGGCCCAUUUUUUAGCUGAUGUUUAAUUUAUAACAGCGCCUUCAUCACAAUCUUCCCAUUGUCAGGGGCCCCUGUGCACGUAGGAAGGCAGUUCUGCUACAGUAAACAUCUUAUUAUAGGCAGUUGCCUGGGGUCAGAUAAUACCAUGUGAUUCCAACAAUUGGAAACCACUGAAAUAGCAUGUGUCUCCACCCAGGGGAAGUGUCUGUAUAUAUAAACAGACUUGUGAUAUAGCUACACCAUGUCUAAAUAGUGCCUAGUUGUUGUUUUUUUCCUGACAGAUGUUUAAAGGUUUCCUCCAACCCUUUUUAAUUAAACAUUUUAUUUAAAUCGACAAUGCCCUAUUGGACUUUAAUAAUUAGGUGUCCUGAACUGGGGAGUGCUAAAAAAGAGAAAGUAGGGAGGGCACAUUAAAGAUUCCCCUUGUACGGGGGAAGGCACUGCUGCUACAGUAAACAUGUUGUUAUGGCCAAUUGCCUGGGGGAAGAAGAAUACUAUGUGCUUAUUGGGAACAACUGAGAUAAAGUGAGUCUCAACCUAGAGGAAGUGUGUAUAUAAACAGGCUUGUGAUAUUUCUAAAAUGUGAACAUUUAGAUUGUGCCUUAAAUAGGGUGUGUUUUUUUUUUUUUUCUUCAGACAUUUUGUGCAGAUAAGGAUAUUUAAAGGGGGGCCUGCAAGGGUAGAAAUUGAUUACGUCCGUUAUUGUGCGCGCUGACGACGGACUGUAAAUUCAUUGUUGAAUUGAUCUUUUAUCCUUAAUGUACAGUGUAGUGAAGAACAUGCAUGCCACGAACUGACUAAAGAAAUAUUUUACACUUCUAGAAUUAUAUUGAAUGCUAGAUUAGCAAAAAUGUAACAUUGUUAGUGUCUAGCUACUGCUAGGUAAUUUAUUAAUUUUACUGAUCUGCAAGUACAUGGCACAAAAUGUCUGUGAGUGAGUGAAUGGCUUUGGUUGUUUGUUACUCAUUACUGCAUACUGCACAUAGCAUGUUGUCGUUGGGUGUAAGGGAAGCUAUCAGUUGCUCUCUGCUUCGUGCCGGCACCAGAAUCUGAUACUCGGCUUGUUUAAUGAAGUGAAUGCAUGCACACAAUUUUGUUUGAGCUAGUCGUAUGGCACACCUCCAUGAUUGCUGUGUGACAUCACAUCCUAGCAUCCAGACACCUGUCAUACACUAGACAUGAUCAGUAAGGCUUUAUCCAGUGAGACUGAUGGAACUUCAAAAAUGUAUGUUAAAAAUGGGUGUAAGAUCUGUGUUAUGACAAGAUAUGGGGGGGGGGGGAGAAAUACCAAGGCAUGUCAGUCCUUAAAGUGGCAGGUCUUAACAACAUACCUCGUUAGAGGUAAAAGGCAAAGGACCAUUUAAUAGGGGAAACACAGUCAAUAAGCAAGCCGGUGUAAAGGAACCAAAUAAAUGUAUGCAUUUACGCAUUUGCUACACUAAUAACUCUUCUUAAUUCACACACAUUCACUCUACCCCUUUACAUUCACACACACACUGAUGCACUAAAUAAAUAAAUACCACAGAUUCACACACAACUAGACUCUGCCUAAAUACACGAUUAUUCUUACACACUGUUCAUAAAAUAAAGCCCUGCAUUUAUACACUCACUUUGACACUCUGCACACUGCACCAGGGAUAGGCAACCUGCAGUACACUAGAUGUUGUAGACUACAACUCCCUUGAUGCUUUGCCAGAAUUAUGACCGUAAGAGCAUUGUGGAAGAUGUCGUCCACAAUAUAUGGAGUGCCGAAGGUUGCCUGCCUCUGCACUACACUAAUCACUUCUGCAUUUGCUGCAGAAGUAGCUCCUCCUCAUUCAUACACACUGGCUCUACAUAAUUUUCAUUCACAUACACACUGGAUCUUUACAGAUAACUCUUCUUCAUUCACAUACACACACCAUAAAUAACACCUCUUUAUUCAUACACACACCAGCAAUCUGCAUUCACACACUGACUAUUCUUAAAUAACAACUCCACACUUACACACACAAACUCGCACAAUGCCGAAAUACAGCCCUGUACUUUCUAUCCACAUAUAUACAGUGCAUGAAUGAAAGUCAAAAUGUGGUCAUGCCUAUUUGAGAUGUUGAUUGACUGAUCGUUUUGACUAGUGGAUUAAAACUGUACUUAUUUAGAAUAUAGAUGCACAUCUAAGUUAUAUAGAUAUUUACAGCUUAAAUGAUUGAAUAGGCUUCACCUUUUAGUUAUUGUAAUUAUAUUCACGGAAUUUCGAAAUACAUAUCCGGUCUUAUAGUUAUCUAAGCUAUGUGUCCAGUGUAGGCAUGCAUUUGUACAGUGUUAACAUGCAGAAUAUUUUUGCUUGUAAAGGAAGAGCAGGCUCAGGAGUACAUAAUUUCCACUUCAGUGAUGCGAGAAGGCUGGACUGGAUCCUAUGCCCGGAACUCAUUCGUUGUCACCAACUGUGAGGAGCUUUUCAAACCUAUGGUAUGUCUUUUCACUUUGUUGUGUAUUAUUUAUUGUGAACUCAUGUUAGAAGUCUUGUACAUGAAAGAAAUGGAGAAUUUUUAAAGUCAUGCGAGGAUCAGUAAGGGAAUGUUUAGCUUUGUAUACCUUAAAGGAACACUAUAGGGUCAGGAACACAAACAUAUACAUAUGUAUGUAUUCCCGACCCUAUAGUGUUAAAAUUACUAUCUAACCCCCCAAAUAAAGUAAAAAUCUCACAUUAUUUCCAGCUCUGCAUAUUGAAUCACUGCGUCUCUAUGGGGAAAGUUUAGCGUCUCCAUGCUGAGCGUGGAGACGCUGAAUGGCAGUGCUGCACACUGUGCAGCACUGACAGAGGAAGCACCUCCAAUGGCCAUUGGAGUUGUCCCUAGGCUGGAUGUAAACAUUGCCUUUUCUCUGAAAAAGUUAUAGUAGGGUGUGGAACUGCACUCUGUCCCUUUAAGUAGUAUGUAGCUGGGUGCAACUCGGACAGUCUCAGUACCAGAGACCAAAUGCUGAGUAACAAAAGCUUGACAAAGACCGUGUAGGUUGAAACGUUGUGAUGGAGUGGGUUCAAUAAAAUUGCCUGGUUUUUACCUUCGAUUGGCUGGACCUUUCUUCUAUUUUCUCUGAAAAAGACAGUGUUUACGGCAAAAAGUCUUCAGGGACAUGGUAUAGACACCAGAACAAAUACAAUAAGUUGUAGUUGUUCUGGUGACUAUAGUGUCCCUUUAACUGUUUGCUCCUAUGGUAUUUCAGUAUUUAUUAUGGUAAGUAGAUCAGCAGAGGUAAGAGGGGGGGGGGACUUCUUAUCCAGUGAAAUUUUACCUUGAGUAAUGCACUUUCCUAACUUAUCACUGGAGUGCUUUUUCUAAAGCACUUUCUUUUUUUUAUUGUGUGCAUAGCUUUGUUGUGUGUGUGUUUGUGUGUGUGUGUCAGUAGUGUACACACCAAUGUACAUUUCUUGUAGUGUUUGUAAUUAUUUUUCAUUACAAACUGUUUAUAUGUAUACUUCUCUUCUGUUUCUAUUCCAAGCAAUUCAAGGGACUAAUUGAACCAAUGCCGCUCGAUGAUGACAAAAAUGAGGUACAUACUUUAAAAAAAAUUCUUUAUUAUAUUCAAGGUCUUUUGAAAUGCAUGGGUUUGUGCUUUAAAGAGGUAGUGUCACUUCUAUGGAAGUGACCGUUUCUUCUACCUUCACCCUAGUGAACUCUAUUCUAGCGGUUAUAAGGAUGAGCGUCUACUGAGAAUUAACCCUGCAAAGCAUGCAAAUGAAAAUAAAAAUAUAUAUUUAAAAAAAAAAAAACAACUAUAGAGAACUUAAAAAAUAUAAACAAAACCUAUCGCUAACUUUUAGUGUAGUACUGGAAAAUAUUGGCAAAAAUAUCCAAAUAUUGGGGGUUUUGUGAGAUGGAGAUUUAUUGAUUGAUUUAAUUAUUUUUUUCAUGUCCGCAUUUUUGCACACAUGUUAUAAUUUGGUUUUCAAUUUGCUGCAUUGUAUAUAGACCCCAGUCCAUCCUGCAAAGUCAUAUUGCGUUGCGGUUAUAAAAGUGUUUAAAAGUAAUAGUUGCCAACUAGUGAACGCAUUGCUUAGCAUUUCUUUUUCCCCUUAGAAAAAGGAGAAUGAAACAAAAGCACUGCAUAUUGAAAAUAAUGUAAGUAUCAGUCUUGUUUUCUUUGCAUUUAGGCUGGGCUGCUUUAACUGUACAUGGCUAUUGCAUCGAAGAGGACAUAAAGUUUGUGUGGUGUUUGUCUUCUGACAGUUUAGUCAAUAAUAUUGUACCUCUUGAAAUUGAAUCUUUUGGUAAUUAUUGCAAAAAAAUACACCUUUUUUUUUUUCUUAAUGCUUCCAGAGCACUCUGAGCACCACAACCACUUAUGGCGCAUUGAGUCUAGGGGUGGGGGAGAGGUGUUACCUCUGCAGCUGCACUGAUAAUGGGAAAUUAUUUGUUCUCAUAUGCAAAUUGAUCCAGAAUGGUUUGACAGAAAACCGGUUGACAGCCCCCAUACUCAUGAGCUGUAAUUGUUAUGGUGCUUAGAGUGCUAUUUAAAAUGUACUUUGCCACUCUGAACUUAAGUUUAGAUAUCUAAAUGUCAACAUUAGAGAUACAUGUGCAGUUUCAUUUUCUACAUCCUACAUAGAAAUGUAAGUGACACUCUAGAUUCUGUAUUUGAAUGUAUUUCUGGGGUCUCUUGGCCCCCUUUACAAAGUAAAAACUUCUCUUUAUUCCAGUGCUCUGCGGGUCCAUCCCCAAUCCACCUCUUUAGCUGACAUCAUCACAAUUGAGUAUCUCGGGCAAUCCAAUGCUUUCCAAUAGGAACUGUCAAUUCUGUAGUUGUUCCGGUGACUAGAGUGUCUCUUUAAAUAACCUUUGAACUAGUACGUGUUCUAGUAAUUUGGCUAGCACGAUGUCUAGAUAGCUUGCUAUAUUUUACAAAGUGACACCAGAUCAUGUUUAGCAGUCCCUUCACCCGGUUCACUCUUCAGUCCGUGCAGGUUCUCUAACCUGAUUUCUUUUCUCAGGACAAACCAAUGAAUGCCAUCAUGCAGACAUGGAAGGAUGGGCCGUAUAUUUUUAUAGUUCAUGUUCAAAUACAAACUGCUCAGGAGCCGUCUCCAAGAAGUAAAAGAAGUGAUGAGCCUCAAGUUCAAGUUAUCACCACUACUGGAAGUGCUAAAGAAAAGUCUUUAAACAGUAAGACUUCUUAAUACAAGUGUCAAUGAAGUGGUCUGGGUGCCAGGUCCAUCUACUGCUAUGUUUACAAUAGGGUUAAUCCAGCCUCUAGUGGCUGUCUCAUUGACAGCCGCUAGAGGCGCUUCCGUGCUUCUCACUGUGAAAAUCAGAGUGAGAAGACUCUGCCGUCCAUAGCAAAGCAUUGAGAAAUGCUUUCUUAUGGACUGAUUGAAUCCGCGCGCCGCGUAUGCGCAUUCAGCGCUGACGUCUGAAGAGGGAGGAGGGAGCCCGGCGCUGGAGAAAGGUGAGUGUUUAACCCCUUGACCCCUCUUGAGCCCGACGGGAGGUGGACCCUGAAUGUGGGGGGGACACAAAGACCCUAUAGUGCCAGGAAAAUGUGUUUGUUUUCCUGGCAUUAUAGUGGUCCUUUAAUUUAUAGGAUAAUAAAAUUGAUUUUUUUUUUCUGUAAUCUUAUACUCUCCUAACAAUUGUUUUUUUAAAUCCUCUCUUCCCCCACAGUGAUCGUGGAAGUGAAAGGACCCUAUGAAUACUUGUCACUAGCUGACUAUCCACGCAUGAUUGUAAGUAAAUAUCUGAUAGCAUAUAAAUCCCGUUAUGGAUCGACUUUUCGUAGUAGGAGGUGAUUUACACACUGACAGAUUUUUAGCAUAAGAAGCUUUUUUCCAUAAAGUUCCGCAUGUUUACUCUGAUUCUCUUACUUUACUUACAGUUUUUCAUGGUGAUGUGUAUCGUGUAUGUGCUGUUUGGUGUUCUUUGGCUGGCCUGGUCUGCGUGUUACUGGAGGGACCUGCUCCGGAUACAGUUCUGGGUGGGUGCUGUCAUCUUCCUGGGCAUGCUGGAAAAAGCCGUAUUUUAUGCCGAAUUCCAAAACAUCCGCUAUAAGGGAGAAUCUGGUAAGAUGCUUGGAUUUUGCUAUGUGACCGCUACACAAAAAAUUCAAUUUUCCCAGUAAUUACAGGAACUAUUUUUGAAGGCUGAUCAAUAUUGCAGACUUCUUCAACAACUCAAAUAUUAACAUGUUAAAGGACAACUAUAGGCACCCAAACCACUUCAGCUCAAUGAAGUGGUCUGGGUGCCAGGUCCAUCUAGUGUUAAGUAUACGAGAAAUAGAGGGAAACCGUUGUCAAAACCUAUAAAAAAAAUAAAAUUAAAAUUAAAAACUACAGUUUCAGAAAAACUGCUAUGUUUACACUAAGGUUAAUCCAGCCUCUAGUGGCUGUCUCACUGACAGCCGCUAGAGGCUCUUGCGCGAUUCUCACUGUGAAAAUCACAGUAAGAAGAUGCUGGACAUCCAUAGGAAAGCAUUGAGAAAUGCUUUCCUAUGAACUGUUUGAAUGUGCGCGCGUCUCUUGCCACACAUGUGUAUUCGGCGCUGACGUCGGCAGAGGGAGGAGAGUUCCCCCAACGCAGAGGGAGCCUGGUGCUGGAGAAAGGUAAGUGUUUAACCCCUUCAGCCCAGCGGGGGUGGGACCUUGAGGGUGGGGGGGGACCUAAAGACCCUAUAGUGCAAGGAAAAAAAGUUUGUUUUCCUGGCACUAUAGUGGUCCUUUAAGAGCCAGGGAUGCUCCCUGCUACCAUCACUAGUUGGUCUUUGUUUGCCCUAUUCUACCAUGUAACACCCCAAUCAUUUAUUACUAGUCGUACUCUCUAGUCUAGAACAUCUGCUGAUAAAUAGGGUUUCCAUGCCCAACCCUAUUUACAGUAAUAUUUAAAUAACUACUUAUCACUCACAAUAAAAAGGUUUUAUUUAUUUUUUGACAGAUUGAAAUUAAAUUUUGUGUCAUCUCACAUCCUGUGUGUUUUGGGCCAUACAUUCAUUUGAUGUUUUGUUUCCCUCUUGUUUGGCAGUGGAAGGAGCCGUUAUUCUUGGAGAGUUGCUUUCUGCUGUUAAGAGGUCUUUAGCUCGCAUACUUGUAAUCAUCGUCAGCCUGGGUUAUGGUAUUGUCAAGUAAGUGAGCUGAAUGUCUUGGCCUUUAAUGAGUGCAUAUGUGUGCAAUUUGUGUGGUGCAUGGGCUAUUUGUGGUAUUUUAUGUGUGUUGGGAACUGCUUGCAGGUCUGAGCGUGUAUGUGGACUGUUUGUUAUAUAUGUAUUGUGUAUAUGUAUGAGGUAGGUAUUUUUAUUGUGAAUGUGUUUGAGGUGUUCUGUGUAUGUGUGUGGGAUGUUUGCACUGGUGUGUGUGAGGUAGGCUAUUUAUUGUGGCACUGUUUAAGAUAAAAUAAAAAUUUGAUUAAAGAAAAUUGAACAUAAAAAGUUAUUUUAAAUGAGUGAUUAAAACAAUACUUAUACAGAGUAUAAGAAAACAAAGCGCCAUGUAAAAGGGAAUGAAUACCACCUGGUAAUACAGUAUCUAGAAAGGAAAAAAAACUGUACAUAGCGUUAUACAGUUAAGUACAAGGCAAGAGGGAAAGGGGAAAGUGAAAAAACUCACAAGACGUCUGGAAAUUCAGGCUUGUCUCCCUGCAAAAUGGGGUAUGUGUGGAGUAGAUAUUCUGCUGGCAGAAGAGGGCAAUACGUUCAAGCUUGUCUCCACUGAAAGUGGAUCUGGAGCAGUAAACUGCAGGAGGUAGAUGAAACAGCAAAUAGCAGCCUGGCAACAGGAACAGAGUAACAGGGGAGGGGGACAAUGAAAACAAAGUAAAAGUCCCAUAAAUAAAAUCCAACGUGUUUAAUCCGUUGUAUGGGCCCUGAGGAAGUCCAUACAACAGACAAAAUGCGUUGGAUAUUAUUUGUGGGACUUUUACUUUGUUUUUAUUGUCCCCCUCCCCUGUUACUCUGUUCCUGUUGCCAGGCUGCUAUUUGCUGUUUCAUCUACUUCCUGCAGUUUACUGCUCCAGGUUCACUUUCAGUGGAGACAAGCUUGAACGUAUUGCCCUGUUACUCUGUUCCUGUUGCCAGAUUGCAUGCAAGAUACAAGUGUUCUUUACCGACUGCAAGUACUGACCACAGGUUCCCUGGCGCUGAUAGAGUUGCGCUCUAACCUGGCAGGCGUGAAUGCAAUGCCAGCACAUGUGUACAUUUUUUAUAGCAUUAGCAAAAUAUAUAGAUUGAUUUUUGUGUUCUUUCUUUUUAACAUAAUCUUGUAUUCCCAUGACAGAUCGUAUUUAAAUUGAGGCAAAAUAGGCAAACAAAUGAAAUCACCAUAGACAAAAGUUCCUGGGUAUUUUCUAGGUCGAUAAAAUUGAUUAACUUUUUUUUUUAAAUGCAGGCCGCGUCUUGGUGCUACGCUGCACAAGGUCGUUAUGGCUGGAGCGCUCUACCUACUGUUCUCUGGCAUGGAAGGCGUUCUUCGAGUCACAGGCGUAAGUUUAUUAACAGGUUCCCAAAACAAUAUAAUGGGUCGAUAUCUUUUAAAGCAAUCUAUUUUUAUUUCUUUAAUCUCUUCUUUCUCAAUUAAACUCUAUCUAAUCUUUAAACAGAUGAUUUAACAAUAUUGUGUUUGUGGGGUAUUUUUUAUUUUUUUAUUUAUGUUUUUAUUUGUGAUACAAAUAAUGGCCUUACACUAAAUAUUCCACAAAUAAAAAUCAUCUCGGGAGUCAGAACUCCUGUAUUAUUAGAUAAUUAAAGUGACAGGCAGAAACAAAAUAUCCACGCAGGUUACAUAUUAGAAUGUGACAAAUGUCUGUGCGAUAUACCUGACAUUGGCUUUGCUUUUUAAUUUUUUUAGUGUGCUCUUCAUCUUUAGCCAUUAACGCCAGUGCUUGCUAUGUUUGAUAGUCUAGUUAUGCAAACGAUUAACAUGUUAUUGAAGAUGUGUUCUGUUUUACCUUCAAAUUUAAAUGUAAAAAUAUUCAACGUUUAAAAUACUAGAUGCGGACCAUGCAUGUUUAUUUGGUCUGCUAUCAGAGAAAGAGCCGGUGUGAAAUACACUGAUCCACUUAAAGUGAAACCAACUCAGCUAUAACUUCCCCAUAGAGCACUGUUAUGUACAGUGCUAAAAAUGAAAACAGUGGGUAUGUCCAUCUUGGCUGCCACAUCUUAUCUUCUGAUUGCAUAUUUUUAUGCCUGUACCAUUCUUUUAUAAGGGGCAUUUAGUAUAGUUCUCGGUAACUGGCAUGCUGCCAGAGGCAGAAUAUUGGUGAAAUUUUUAUAAAAUAUGCUUAUUUUUUGGCUACUUGUCAAUUGAAGAAUGUAUUGAUAUGUUUGAGCUAAAUAAAGCAUAUUAUAUACAUGCUAAAUACAUUCCACGUCCACACAAACUAUGUUAGAGAGACACUCCAAUGCCAUACCAUAGCGUAGCUUAAAGGGGCUUCAGCUACCAUAACCACUACAGACUAUAGUAGUUAGAUGCUAGAAAUCUAUUCCAACAUAACUUCUCCAAUAUAAUAAGCCAAAGUGUUUUCGAGGUUUGAGUGUUCAUUUAAGUUAGUUUGGUGUGGUGCUUAAAUCGACACUAUAAUCACCAAAGCAACUUUAGCUUAAUGAAGCAGAUCUAGUGUAUAGAUUAUGCCCCUGCAGUCUUACUGCUCAAUUUUGCCAUUUGGGAGUUAAAUCACUGUUGUUUCUGUUUAUGUAGCCCUAGCCACACCUCCCCUGGCUGCGACUGACACGGCCUGCAUGAAAACAAAAUGGUUUCAUUUUCAAUCAGAUGUAACUUACUUUAAAAGUUUUUAUCCCCUGCUCUGAAAAUUGAACUUUAAUUACAUACUGGAGGCUCCCGCAGGGUCUGACAAGCUAUUAAUAGAGCAGGAGAUAAGGAAUUCUAAAUUAAACAGAAUUUGCAAUAAAGGAAGUGUAAACAUUAGAUGACUCUUCACAUGAAGUGUUUAAGAAGGCUAUAGAAGUCACAUGCAGGGAGGUGUGAUUAGGGCUGCAUAAACAAAGUGAUUUAACUCCUAAAAAGCAGACAACUGAGCACUGAGACCUCAGGGACAUGAUCUAUACACCAAAACGGCUUCAUUAAGCCAACGUUGUUUUGGUGACUACAAGCAUCCUUUUAAGAUUUUACAGACCGAUAUUCUCUUCUAGCAAUGCACUAACCAGUAGCUCUACGUCAUCUCGCAAGCUUGAACUCAUUCCAUUCUGGACAAACACUAACCUCUGCUUAUCCCAUAUCCCUGACAUUAAUUCAUUGUGCUCUCUUUACUCCAGCAUUACUUCAGUACCAUGGCAUUCAUUGCAAAUGUGAGUCUUUCAUUGAUCGAUGCCUGCAUUAUCUUUUGGAUAUCCUUUAAGACACACCAUCUUACGAGUACUUUCUGCUGACUGUGUUCCUCCAGUUUUACAAUCAGAAUCUAUCUAUGUAUUAACACUGCAUGUGCUUGUGCUUGUGCUUAUCCAUCUGUAAAUCCUGAAAAAGGGCAAUGAAGCUGUGAGAGUCACAUUGGAAACACCAAGACUUUGGUGGCAGCAAUAUAGCUCAGCAUACCAUGAAUCCUAAUCCGUAACUGCAGCAGUACAAAUGAUUAAAGGACCACUAUAGUGCCAGAAAAACACUCAGUGAGACAGCCACUAGAGGCUGGAUUAACCCAAAUAUAAACAUAGCAGUUUCUCUGAAACUGCUAUGUUUAUUGAAAAAAGGGGUUAAACCUAGCUGGACCAGGCACCCAGACCACUUCACUAAGCUGAAGUGGUCUGGGUGCCUAUAGUGGUCCUUUAACUAUUCCCAGAUCAAUCUACAGAUGUACACUGCUCCAAAAAAAUAAAGGGAACACAAAAAUAACACAUCCUAGAUCUGAAUGAAUUAAAUAUUCUUCUGAAAUGUUCUUUACAUAGUUGAAUGUGCUGACAACAAAAUCACACAAAUGCAAAAAUGGAAAUCAAAUUUUUCAACCCAUGGAGGUCAGGAUUUGGAGUCACACUCAAAAUGGAAGUGGAAAAACACACUACAGGCUGAUCCAACUUUGAUGUAAUGUCCUUAAAACAAGUCAAAAUGAAGCUCAGUAGUGUGUGUGGCCUCCACGUGCCUGUAUGACCUCCCUACAACGCCUGUGCAUGCUCCUGAUGAGGUGGCGGAUGGUCUCCUGAGGGAUCUCCUCCCAGACCUGGACUAAAGCAUCUGCCAACUCCUGGACAGUCUGUGGUGCAACGUGACAUUGGUGGAUGGAGCGAGACAUGAUGUCCCAGAUGUGCUCAAUUGGAUUCAGGUCUGUGGAACGGGCGGGCCAGUCCAUAGCAUCAAUGCCUUCGUCUUGCAGGAACUGCUGACACACUCCAGCCACAUGAGGUCUAACAUUGUCUUGCGUUAGGAGGAACCCAGGGCCAACCGCACGAGCAUAUGGUCUCACAAGGGGUCUGAGGAUCUCAUCUCGGUACCUAAUGGCAGUCAGGCUACCUCUGGCGAGCACAUGAAGGGCUGUGCGUCCCCCCAAAGAAAUGCCACCCCACACCAUUACUGACCCACUGCCAAACCCGUCAUGCUGGAGAAUGUUGCAGGCAGCAGAAUGUUCUCCACGGCGUCUCCAGACUCUGUCGCGUCUGUCACAUGUGCUCAGUGUAAACCUGCUUUCAUCUGUGAAGAGCACAGGGCGCCAGUGGCGAAUUUGCCAAUCUUGGUGUUCUCUGGCAAAUGCCAAACGUCCUGCACGGUGUUGGGCUGUAAGUACAACCCCCACCUGUGGACGACUGGCCCUCAUACCACCUUCAUGGAGUCUGUUUCUGACCAUUUGAGCAGACACAUGCACAUUUGUGGCCUGCUUGAGGUCAUUUUGCAGGGCUCUGGCAGUGCUCCUCCUGUUCCUCCUUGCACAAAGGCAGAGGUAACGGUCCUGCUGCUGGGUUGUUGCCCUCCUACGGCCUCCUCCACGUCUCCUGAUGUACUGGCCUGUCUCCUGGUAGCGCCUCCAUGCUCUGGACACUACGCUGACAGACACAGCAAACCUUCUUGCCACAGCUCGCAUUGAUGUGCCAUCCUGGAUGAGCCGCACUACCUGAGCCACUUGUGUGGGUUGCAGACUCAGUCUCAUUCAACCACUGCCAGCAUUCAAAAGUGACCAAAACAUCAGCCAGGAAGUAUAGGAACUGAGAAGUGGUCUGUGGUCACCACCUGCAGAACCACUCCUUUAUUGGGGGUGUCUUGCUAAUUGCCUCUAAUUUCCACUUGUUGUCUAUCCCAUUUGCACAACAGCAUGUGAAAUUGAUUGUCACUCAGUGUUGCUUCCUAAGUGGACAAUUUGAUUUCACAGAAGUGUGAUUGUCUUGGAGUUACAUUGUGUUGUUUAAGUGUUCCCUUUAUUUGUUUGAGCAGUGUAUUACUUUAACAUGUCACAAAUAUAUUUUUACUCCCUUUCCAUGCUUGGUGUAUAGCAUUGUGUCAUAGAGCUUUGUACUUUCAUUAUUGCUGUACUAGAUGCAGUUAUAAAUGAUUGUCGGUAAACACACCAUGGUUUUCCCAUGCUAAAUGGGUUACUAAAUUACACAAGUGGCUUUUAAGAAGUCCAUUAAGAAUUUUCCUCUUGAUGGUAAUAUAAUCUGCCCUUCUCUUUCAACUUUAACUGCAAUAAUUACCUGCUAGGGUUAACUCCGGAUUCUUAGAUGACUUUUGAUAGUCUAAACAACGCUGGACGUCCUGCAGCGUCGCCGUAAUUGAAUAAUGCUUUCCUAUGGGGAGAUCCUAAUGCUAGCGCGGCCAUUGCCAAGCAUUAGGUCUCCCCUACCGCCAGACGUCAGCGGGGGAGGAGUGCGGGCGGAGCUGAGCCAGCACAGAGGGACAACGACGCUGGACCCAGGUGAGUGACAGAAGGGCUUAUUAACCCCUUCUGCACCAAGGGAGGAGGGGGUCUUGACAAAGGGGGAAGCUAUAGUGCCAGGAAAAUGAGUUUGUUUUCCUGGCACUAUAGUUUCCCUUUAAACCAUGUGGGAUGUUAGGAGUUAAGAUCAUGUUUGGGUGAGAUGUUGAGAGAACAGACAUUUCUGCAGUACCUACUGUUUGAUUGUAAAUGUAUGCAACAAGCCAGAUAUCCACGUACAUUACUUUUUAUUUAUUUUUAUUUAUUACCAAAAACCUUUACAAAUGCACUAAAUUAAACAAAAGUGGGAUUUUUUUAAUUUCAUUUUUUUGUUAGAUAAUCUAUAACUUUGUAACUAAUGAAGUAAAUGUACAAUUACAAGCCAGGACAGAUAAGAUGACUAAAUAGUCACACUAUUGCAUCUUCCAGUCAUUUACCAUAAAAUAGCUGAUUUGGGUUCACAUAUCGCAGGUCAGUCCCUCUGCGUGUACGUACGGUUUCUUACUUUGUAUGCACAGUUAGGUAAGUGGAAAGCAAAAAAGUAAUAGGCGCUCACUAUAACUUAAUAGGUCUAUUUAUGUGGGCUGCAGUACACAAUACAAGGAUUCCCAAACCUCGUGAAUGAACAAAUAGUAAAAAUUGAAAAUGGCGUAUACCGCGCCCAAAGAUUAUACGUACAUAAAUCUUCAGAUGAUACCUUAGACCUCAGAAUAACAGAAAAAAAAACCAGCAAUAGUGCAAUACUGUAUAUUAUAAUACAGAUUAGAAUAUUAGUACUAUAUGGGAUCCACUCACAUUUGAUUGAACUAGCUAAGAGCUCUGCUGUGUUGCGCAUGGAUGGUACAAUCCCCGUCUAAGGAUAUAUGGUGAUGUAGGUAAUAUCGGUGCUCCAAAUGCAAUGCAGUAUGCAAAGUAUAUAUGGAGACAAAUAUAAAGAAGAAAACUCCAAUGGUGAAGUAAGUACUUUAUAUAUGAAAAGAAGAUAAGGUAUUGCACUUACAUUUGCUAGAGCAAGACUUGCUCUAGUUAAAACAGCAUGGUUGGUAUAAUCCCCACCUAGGGAUAUGUUGGUACCAGGAAGCAAGAUGAUAAAAUAAAAAAGCAAAUGGCUAUUAAAAGCAAGCUAUAUUUUAACAAAAUAAUAGUAAAAUUCUUUUUUAAAAAAAAAUAAUUAAAAUGGAUGAAGAAAUCUCACUUGACGCGUUUCGCCUGUCCAAGGCUUUUUUAAAAGUGUGAGAUAGUCUUUACAAUGCUUGGUUUAUAUUUGGGAGUCUUUAGACCAUAUAUAAACCAAGCAUUGUAAAGACUAUCUCUCACUUUUCAAAAAGCGUUGGACAGGCAAAACGCGUCAAGUCUAAACUACCAUCUGAAGAUUUAUGUACGCAUAAUCUAUGGGCGCGGUAUACACCAUUUUCAUUUUUACAGUUAGGUAAGUAUCUGAAAUUAUAUAAAGCGUUUUAUUUGUGUUUUUCACGGUUUGCUUCUGAUUGGUGUCUAUUUGUGAAGAUGUUUUUAUAUUUGAAAGAAAUAUAAAGUCAGUUUAUUCCUACUUGUAAUUCAAAGUUCAAAUGUGUUUUUAAAAGGUCAACAUGUAAGAACUACUAAGUUUCAUGUACUUUGUAUAACAUUGUAUUCUUUCCAGUUCUAAAGCUAUAGCGAGCAGAUCUAUACCAGUCCUUAAUGUGUGGGUUACGACUCUUUAUUAUUCACUUUGGCUGGUGCCAUUCCUCCCCUGAACCCAUGUUGCUGGUACUGCAAGCUAUAGCCAUUUUGGUUGUGGUGCCUCUUCAAGACACCCUUGAAGCUGCCUCACUGUGUGGGUCAGGGGACAUGCUAUCAUUUGCUUAUUUGUGUUUCCUCCUUUUAAUUCCUAUGCUCCGUUCUUGGUUUAGGCGCAGUCUGACCUUGCCUCCCUGGCUUUUAUUCCUCUGGCUUUUCUUGACACUGCCUUGUGCUGGUGGAUAUCCUUCCCUGACCUUUUUUGUUGUCUCUGCUUGUAUUUCUGUUUGUUUGUCUCAUUUUAUGAUCCUUAUUGUUAAUUACUGGUCACUAAUAUGGUAACCUGGUUUAACCAGAAUUAAGACUUGCUCUAGUAAAUGUAAAUGUUUUCGUGUUCUCAAAACUUUAUGCGUUUUUUUGUACCCCCACUAAUUUUCCAAAAAUAGUGUUAACUAUAUAUAUAUGGCCACACAUUCUCGCCAUAACCUAGAUGCCAAGUUCCCCUCUUGGUAAUUAGAUGCAGUUGGAUUGCACACCUAAACGAUGAAAAUUCCCAAAUAGAGACUGCCUGUUAUAUCAUGUCAUCAUGUUAGAAGUGCAUUGUCUAGUUUGGUGUUUAGUGUCCUGUUCAAAGAGACAUGAUGGCAUACUAACAUAGCUUCCCUAUGAAGUCCACAGAUGACUUUAAUAAACUGCUAUCCAAUCACCACUUCCUGGUAAGCCUUCUUAAAUUCAUGGGUUCCACAUCUUAAAACUAUACAAGAAAUGCACUUGACUUCAUCACACUUUUAGUGCUCACUUAUAUUUCCUCAAUUUCUUAUAGUUUAUGGAGUUAUUCAGUAGUUUGGUAAAUGUGAUGGAUAUGCAAGGGAGUUGUAAAUAUUAGGAGUAUAUAACCAAGCGGGAAUAACAUCUAGAAUCACAUUGUUGGUGGGGCUGGCCAACUCCACCAUCAUGUUGGAGCCCAGCCAGGGACUGGAGAAUGCUGGGAAAGCAGGGAAGAAAGUAGGAGCUUACCUGAACGCCGGCCUUGUUGCCCACAAUAUAGUUAACUUGUAUGCGUGAUUUAAUACAGGAGUGCCCAAAUGUUAGAUCCCCAGAUGUCGUAGAACUACAACUCCCAUGAUGCUUUGCUGGCCUUUAGAAUGACAAAGCAUCAUGGAAGUUGUAGUUUGGGCACCCCUGUUUUAGUAGACUGUGCGCACAAAUUACUAUAUUGUGCUCACUGUAUAGGUAAAGUGUGCUAAUGCAGUGCCUGUCUCCUGGGCACAAUCUACUAAAUUGUGCACACGAGUACAACAUUUUAAUAAAAAAUAAAUAAAAAUGGCAUGUUACCUCUGGGACAUCAUAAGUUACAGUUAGUUAUUAUGUCUUGUUGUUUUUAUAAUUUAGUUUUAAAAAGUUUUUUUCUACAUCAACCUCUACCUGACCAACUGGCAGUGUUUCCCUUUUUUGCUCCAAUAAAACUGUAGAUCUGUACAUGGGACACAGCAAAGGUUCCUGCGGCUAUAUUUGAGAUGUUUACUUACCAUAACGGAAACUGAGCUACCACUCCUCGAUUUCCUGCUGUACCCAUUAAACACAGUUGUGUGUGGAUUCAGGAGAUACGCUCAGCACUGCUAUGGUUCGGUAACAGAGCAUCUUGAUUGUGUGAGUCACUUCUUUGAUUAGGCAGAGCUCGGAGAUAUUAUUUUUAAUUUAAUUUAGCAUAUAUUUUAAGGCCUUGUCUGUAUAAGGAAAGAAUAGGUCACCUCCAACCCACAAUGUCCCUUUAACUGACACUAUUGUAAACGCAGCAGGGAAAAUGUGUGUAAUUGCAUGUAUGUGAUGGCCUUACGCCUAAUUUGAUUGUCUGUUUGAGUUACUAUAUAAGUGAUGCCGACAGUUUAGUUGGUCAAUUUAGAACCCGUUUUCUAUGUCAAUAGAUGUUUAUAUUUUUGUGUGUGUUUUCCUGGUGAUCGCGUUUUCCUUAACCCAUCGACACAUCUUCAUAAGCCUCACACAGACCAUGAAGCUGCUGAGACUAAGAAGGAACGUGGUCAAGUUGUCUUUGUACAGACACUUCACCAACACGCUCAUCUUGGCUGUUGUAGGUAUGUUUCACCUCAUAACUCAAACCCCUUUGCUUCCAAAGCUCAUAACACCAAUUAUUUUCUGAUGCAAGCUUACAUGCAGGAGGAUUGUUUGAAAACCUGUAUCCCCCAGGCACCUAUAGUUGCUUACCGUGUUUUCCCGAAAAUAAGCCCUAGCUGGAUUAUCGGGAUGGGCUGCAAUAUAAGCCCUACCCCGAAAAUAAGACCUAGGCAGGGCCGGCGGCUGCCGGCCCUUAAAUGCCACAGCCGACUGAGUGCUCUAUAGAGAGCGCUCAGACGGCUGCCGCACUGCCUCACCUCCCCUUCCCUGUAGCGUGGCCGAGCUCCUCUCCGGUCCACGACCCGGCCGGACAGUCCGGCCGGGUCGCAGACCGGAGAGGAGCUCGGCCACGCUACAGGGAAGAGCAGGUGAGGAGAAGAUUGGAGGGGGGAGAGUAUUACAGGGAGGGAGGGAGGGGGAACACACAUUGGAGGGGAGAGCAUUACAGGGAGGGAGGGAGGGGGGAGAGCAUUACAGGAGGGGAGGGGGGGAGAGUACAGGAGAGCACAGCAUGGGGGAGGGGGAGAGCACACAGGAGGAGGGAGGGGGGAGAGACAGGGAGGAGGGAGGGGGGGAGAGCACAAGAGGGAGGAGGAGGGGGGGGAGAGGCCUACAGGGAGGGAGGGAGGGGGGAGAGUAUUACAGGGAGGGAGGUGGGAGGGGGAGAGAGUAUUACAGGAGGAGGAGGGGGAGAGACACAGGGAGGGAGGGAGGGGGAGAGCAUUACAGGAGGGAGGGAGAGGGGGGAGAGCAUUUACAGGGAGGGGAGAGUACAGGUGAGGGAGGAGGGGAGAGUAAUACAGGAGGGAGGGAGGGGAGAGUACUACAGGAGGGAGGGAGGGGAGAGCAUUACAGGAGGGGGGGAGAGUAUUACAGGGAGGAGGGAGGGGGGGGAGAGGCACACAGGAGGGGGGGGAGGGGGGGGAGAGCAUUACAGGGAGGGGGGAGAGCACAGGAGGAGGAGAGUACUACAGGGAGGGAGGGAGGGGGGGGAGAGCCACAGGAGGGAGGGAGGGGGGGGAGAGCAUUACAGGAGGGAGGGAGGGGGGGAGAGUAUUGAGGAGGGGAGGUAGAGCAUUACAGGAGGGAGUGGAGGGGGAGAGCAUUACAGGAGGGGGAGGGGGAGAGACACAGGGAGGGGAGGGGGAGAGCAUUGGGGGGAGGGGGAGAGCAUUACAGGAGGGGGGGAGAGUAUUACAGGGAGGGGGAGGGGGAGAGAGUACACAGGAGGGGAGAGCACACAGGGAGGGAGGGAGGGGGGAGCAUUACAGGAGGGAGGGAGGAGGGGGGGAGAGCAUUACAGGAGGAGGAGGGGGAGAGCAUUACAGGAGGGGAGUGGAUACGGACACGGGAGGGAGAGGGGGGAGAAAUGAUAAUACACGGGGGGGGGAGGUGAGGGUCUCUGGGGGGGUUACACAGCGCGGACACCGGCUGACAGACUGGCUCUAUGCCCUAGUGUGUUAUAAAUUAAUAUAAGACCCGGACUUAUUUUCGGAGAAACACGGUAGUUACAAGUUCAUUGUCCACCAAGUUCAAUGUGGAUCGGACACAAGAACCCGUCUUGGUUUACAUUUAAUGGGUCCGAGUUCCUGGUGAAGUUCUGAAUUUAGAAGACCUGUAAAUCUUUUAAGGCUAUUACAAGUUAUCAAACCUAAGGUCCAAAAGUAAGAUGUACACCACAAGCUUUCUCUUCUUAUUGAUACAUAAAUAAUGUUCAUUAAUAUCCCAAUAUGGAACUCCUCUCAAUGAGUCUUAAAUGAGUAACCUACAUAAGAAAAAAAUAAUAUAAUAUAAACUUUGACUUACAAUAUUAAAUUGAUGAGAGCUACUUGCUUCUCUAGAAAAUAUAAUGAACCCUGGCUAUUACCUGCUGUCAAUAUCCCAAUAGUCACUGUAUUUGCAAUUCAGCAUAUUUUGUUUUGCAUGGUCUGUGUCUCACAUCGGAAUGUGUCGUUAAAGGCUUCCACUGUUCAGUAUAAAUGGGAGUCAUCUGUAGCUUGCAGACGUCCGUUUGAACACCCAGAUUUUGAAGGAUAAAUUGUAUACCCUUAAAGUCAAAAUCGAUCUUCAAAAUGUUUAAAUUAUUUAUUUUUACAGCGCUCCAAUUCUUAGAGCUAGAAAUAGAUGCUGCAGCUUAAUAAUACUGUGUAUCAAUAAAAAUGUAAUAAUUUGUCUUAUUUUCUUUUUCCAACAUGUAGCAUCAGUUGUAUUUAUUGUAUGGACUACCAUGAAAUUCCGUCUGGUGGAUUGUCAGUCGGUGAGUUGUAACAAUGUAUUGCUUAUUGUUUUCUGGCUUUGUAGACAUUCAUAGGUUAAUAACCCUUUAUAAGGAGCAAAUGUGUUGUGUAUAGACAGGUUGAUGCUAACUGUGUGUUCAUCUGGCAGGAUUGGCAGGAACUCUGGGUGGAUGAUGCCAUCUGGCGACUUCUUUUCUCCAUGAUCCUCUUUGUUAUUAUGGUCUUGUGGAGGCCAUCAGCAAACAACCAGAGGUGUGUACCAUAUAAUCUUCACUUACCUGUGAUGCCAAUAAUAGAUCCUUACGCUUUUGUGUCCAUCUGUUCCCACCUCACAGUUAUCAAAAAAUCCCCCCAUCCCCCCUCUUUUUUUACUUCCCUUAUACCAGCGCAGAGGUCUCUUGGCGCUGACUCUGUCUUCGCCUCCUUCAACAUCAUCGCACAGGGGGGGAAAGUGCCACUCUCUCGUUAAGCCUUCCCCACAGGAAAGCAACAAAUCAAUGCUUUCUUAUGGGCAUUUAAAAUAUGCUAAAUGUACAGUGUUGUUUCACAGAGUUGCAGGAAGUGCCUUUAGUGACUGUCUAGAAGACAGCCACUAGAGGCAGUCUUAUCCCUGGAAUGGCAACAUUGCAGUUACUCUAAAACUGCAAUGAUUUCAGCUGCAGGGUUAAGGGGACUGGAACAGUGCACCCAGACCACUUCAAUGAGAUGAAGUGGCUUUGGUGCCUACAGUGUCCCUUUAAGCCUUUAGAAACACUUACCUGUGAGUAAAAAUGGCUAUUAAAUCUUUUAUUACUACCUUUGUUGUAUGGUUCCUCCGUCCUCCCCCCAAGCAUAUAGUUAUAUUUAUUCUGUUUGUUAAAGCUGGCUGAAAAGUUAAAUGGUAUCCUCAUGAGAAAUACCAAAUUGCAAAAUCCUAAAUAACUUUCAUAUCUGAAGAAGCAAGACAAAUGCCUUUAUGUGCUACAAAAAAAAGAAAUGUACAAAAAAGUGUUUAAUUUAACAAUGAUGGGAUACUAGGGUUUUUGCAGUAAUUGAGAAUCCAUAAUCCAUAUUACUAUAACUUGCUUGGUAACUGUAGUGGUUAGUGUUUGUAGGUUACAUUUGCUCACUGAUAAGAAAACGUAUUAUACUAGUUGUUCAGUCUAACCUUUGGAGAGUGAGGUAACUAUCAUUCGUAUCUCUUUCCAGGUUUGCCUUUUCUCCACUAACAGAGGAAGAUGAAGAUGAUGAACAGAAGGAGCCAAUGCUAAAAGAAAGUUUUGGUAGGAACUUGCAGUCAAGACACCACGAGCCACCAGAUUUUCUACAUAAAAUCAGGAGCCACAUCUUCUACAUAUAAUCUUAAUAGACAUUGGGAGCCACCACAUCUCAUACGUAUAAUCCCAAUAUCUCUCCAUCGGUUUAUUUCACAUAGCAAAAAGUACUUCAAAUUAUAGUUGUAGCAAUGGCUCAUUUUUGUCCAUAUUUAGCCAUGUAGUUAUGAAGAGAUGUUAGACAUGGUGUCCAUUAUUGGUUACGAUGACAUUUACAUAGAUUGAUACACAUUAAUAUGGCCAUUAGUGACCUCUAAUACAAGAAGCUAUGCUUUGAAUAUUUUGAAAUAUUAAAGAACACUCCAAGCACCAUGACCACUACAACCUGCUGUAUUGGUUAUGGUACGUUGGUGCCAUUCAAUUAUAAGUAGACUAUUUUAGAAUGGUUUGACUUCUACCUGCAGUCCGCCUCUCUACUACUAACAAUAUAGAGUAGGCUCUUGGUCUGAGCUAAGCCCUUUAGUUCCGUACCUAGCUCAUUGGCUGAAAGUGAUCAGCCUAUGUUGAUUUAGCUCAGGAAAGGUGAUGGGAGCUUCUGGAUGUCAGUUGUUCUUGAUAGAAACAGGAAACUGUGUCAUAAGAGCUCAAAUUGUAGUAAAACUAUUGGACUACAUCCAAUGGGAGGGGGCUGUAAAGGUUAUAAUGCUUGGAGUGUUUCUUUAACUGCACUGCUGCAGCCCCAUAUUUUAAAUUUGUGUUUUCAUAAUUUAAAAUGUGUCAGUUUUUAUCAAAUUUCUUUCUUCCCAUAGAGGGUAUGAAAAUGAGAAGCUCAAAGCAAGAAACAAAUGGAAACCCUAAAGCAACAAAAGCCGUAAGUAUGAACACUGAAAGGUGCAGUGUUUGUUACUGGGGAAAUUACAUGAUCAAGGGCAAAUGUGGAUUAGGAGUAGCAGGCCUGUAUAUAUGUAAGCAGCCCUGUAUGUGUAUAUGUAAUGCUUUUACCCUUAAAAUGAUUUUCUCAAACUUUCAAAAACUAAAACAGAGCAUGAAAUGAAUGUGUAACACACCCAUUGUUAGUUUUAUUGAUUAUUUACAAUUUCUUUUCUGUUAAAUUUGUAUUCUGAGUGGGACCUGUUUGCCAUCCUGGUUCUAUAUCUGAUGUACAAGUUGGCCGCAUGUUUGUAUAUGUGUGCAAUCUGGAUAUAAUAUGUAAAUGUAUACAGGGCUUCAAUUCCAAAUCCUAGGCCACAAGCAAGGCCUUUAAACGUACUUGCCACUGCCAAUUAUUUUAACAAAUGCUGUCUCUGGCAGGAGGAAGAUCUGAAGUGGGUAGAAGAAAACAUCCCAUCUUCUGUAACUGAUGUGUGAGUAUUUCUCUGGACACUACAGGUCUCUUGUGUUGGGUGUCCAGUAUUAAUCCAGAGAAAGAAUUCUUUGCAGAAGAUUAUGCCUAUAAGAGGGUAUAUCACACAAGAUAAACCAUGGCGUAACUUGUAGCGUUGUUUUGCUUGACAAAAAAACAACAACCUCUUAGUGACAAGGAUAACCUACAUGUAUUUAUUAAUUCAUUAUUCUUUUUGUUUUGUUUUUUCCCCCCCAGUUAUUGCUCGGUGAUGUUUUCUUUAACUCUUUUCUAAACUGCAAUUGAAGGCCGCACCUCAUAAAAUAUAAUUUUAUCUGUCAUAACAUACAAUGAAAUUUCAAAUUUAAUGACAGUUUUCUUUUCAAGUAGAUCACAAGUAGAAAAUCUACAGCAAGCAUGUCAAACUCAAGCCUGGCACAGGCCACAUAAACAUGGUUUAAGUUUAUGUGGGCCGCAAAAAAAAAUACCUUAAAUUUUCAUAGAAAUGUAGGUUUCUUUUUAAAAGUACAGUAUAAAAAAAAAAAAAAACAGAAUCCCCCUCUACUAAACCACAGCACCCCCCUCUACCACCCUGUACCAAAUCUGAUCCUCUCGCUGACUGACACGCACACUCGCUGACAGACACGCACACUCGCUGACAGACACGCACACGCGCUGACAGACACGCACAGGCGCUGACAGACACGCACAGGCGCUGACAGACACGCACAGGCGCUGACAGACACGCACAGGCGCUGACAGACACGCACAGGCGCUGACAGACACGCACAGGCGCUGACAGACACGCACAGGCGCUGACAGACACGCAGACACACAUACUCACUGACAGGCGCACACACACAUAAGGACACACUGACAGGCGCGCACACACAUAAGGACACACUGACAGGCGCGCACACACAUAAGGACACACUGACAGGCGCACACACACAUAAGGACACACUGACAGGCGCACACACACAUAAGGACACACUGACAGGCGCACACACACAUAAGGACACACUGACAGGCGCACACACACAUAAGGACACACUGACAGGCGCACACACACAUAAGGACACACUGACAGGACACACUGACAGGCACACACACAUAAGGACACACUGACAGACACACACACAUAAGGACACACUGACAGACACACACACUGACAGGCACACAGAUACUCACUGACACACACACACACACACUGACAGACACCUUUAGGAGCUGGUGUGGGGAUCUUCUGUCUGGAGAUCUCCUUCCUGCACGCCUUCCUGAUCCUCACUGCUCCCUCGCGCGGAUAAGUGAUACCGGGUGCCGGAAUAUGAAGUCAUAUUCUGGCGCCCGGGAGGGAGCAGUGAGGAGCAGGAACGCUGAGCUCCCUCGCUGUAUCCUCCGUCCCUUCCUCCCCGGGAAAGUGUUAGCAGAGUAGGCACCUGCAAUAUGGAGAAAGCAGGUGCCUACUCUGCUAUAACACCAACAUGUACUCGCGGCUAAACAGGCUGCAAAGAUGGUCCUUGUGAGCCCCAUGCAGCCAGCGGGCUGCGAGUUUGACAUGCUUGAUCUACAGGGUUAGUAGAUCAAGAUUAUUCCCUAAAGUGAGAAUUCAAAGUGAAUUUACAAUUUAAGGACAAAGUAGCGGAACUGAACACAUAGCUGACUUGGAGAAUUUUCCAAAUUUGGCUACUUUGACCUUAAAUUUGAAAUUCACUUUCAAUUCUCACUUUAGGGAAAAACCUUGAUAGUAUCACAAGUCUGGGCAACAUUUCCUCCAACACAAAUCAUGAGGUGCAUGGCUGUGGAAAAGAAGACUAACGUGUCAAACAACACUAAUGGCAGCCAAGUACCUUGUCUUUAUUUUCCUCACUGUAGCUUCUAUGGUUAUUUACAUACCAAUGGUCUCUGUUCUAUGUGCUACAAAGAUCAUCUACAAAGACAGAAUAGUGCUGGCAGGAAAAGCUCCUCAAUUUGCAUUGGUGGGAAGAAGGAUUGGGUCAUCUACACAAGUGAUGUAAAUUCUCAGGCAUUAGAUGUAGCUUAUUCUGAAUUCCUACAGACUUAGUCUAGUCUUUACAAGCUGAAAGUGAACGGAACUGCAAAAACAAAACAGAAAAUAGAUUACACCGACAGGAUAUCAAACAAAGGAAUGCCGUUUCUCAAGUUUAGAAAAGAAGGGCUAUAAGGGCAAUGUUUUAGAAGGAGGAUCAAGAAGGCGAAAGUGAAACCUUAAUGAAAUAGAUCUCAUGAAUGGCAAAAAGAAAAUGAACUAAUGCUCUGUGUCUUAUAUAGGAAAGCAUUCAGUAUAAAUAUUCUGAUGUUCUCGAUUGCUCCUGUGCUUACAAAGCCAAUACAGAUGAAAAGGGUAGAAAACCAUGUUUUUGCAGAAAUAAUUGUACAAGUUGUGCUUACUGUAAUACACUAGUGUUUUGGUUUUGCUGUGGGAAAUAUGCAGUGGUGGUGUCCAGUCUUUUUACCAACAGUUUUUCUAGCAAGUGUAUAGAUUUGGAGAAAAACUAUAAUAAAAAAAAAAAAAAAGUUUGUGUCUGAAUUGUUCAGCGGACACUCAAUGCUGAGGACUUGAGAGACAGUGAGAGCAGAAGAGAACUCCCACAGGAGGCCCCUCGGCUCUCCACCCAUAGCAAUGACAGCGCAUGUGUUGUGGUUGCUAUGGUAACUCGCAGGCUAGUAAGUAUAGGAACAGAGUGUUCUAUCUUUCCUUGAAAAGUCCCCAGUGCUACCCAAUUGUCCUUUGCUGACGAGCACAGGGCAAAAUACAGUUUGGAUUGUGGAGUGCAGGUUUUUGACAGUUUUUGUUUUUUUUAUAUAUAUAUAUAUAAUAUGGGAAAUAACACACAGAUCAGUUCUGUGCAGUAUGGAGCCCUAAUCCAGGGCAGUACAAGGAAACCAGGACUUACAUAAAAAUCGUGGGAGUCAAUACAGGAAAAGAAGGGAGUCUCAUGUAAGGGAAGCACUCUCUCUGUAGCCCUUCACAUGAUACAGAUCAGUAGCAGAGCUGUCCACUGAGCAGGCAAUCUGGUUUUAUUUAUUGUGCCUAAAGAGGGAACAGCAAUUGCUAUAUCAAUAACUUCUGUCUCUUGUGUUACAGGGCUCUCCCUGCAUUGCUCGAUUCAGAUGAGGUCAGUAUCUUCCUUUUUCAAUUUACUUUUAGCUGCCAAACCAAUCUCAUGACACAGGGUCAUGUGCUGUGUCUAAGUCACUCUGGCUGUUGCUGUAGAAAGGAAAUAGAAUACACAAUGCUACAUAUUAACUCUGUGGCUCCUGCCAAUUCUCAGAGGGGUUAGUAUGCUUAAAAUUAGGAUGUAAUACAUUUUCUUUAGGUGCCUUCAAUUUGUUUGAGAUUUUUUUUCCCCUCUCACUUUUCCUAGGUUGUGUUAGUCACAUUAAAAUAUUGUUCAGAUGCGAUUCAUACAGGAGCAGUAACUAAAGUUUGCAAAUUAGAGUAAGAUCAAAAUGUUGCAAAAAUAAUCAUUCAUACAUGAGUACCAGAUCAUGAUCACAGGUAUUGUAAUGGAAAAGAAAAUAUUCUUUAUACAAAAAUGACUUCAAAAAAGCAAAUAUAUGCAGUAUUUAGCCCUUGAUGAAAGACAAAUCUUAAACAAUAUAAGCAUUUGUUGACAAUUGUACCUUGCACACUAUGAAGAUCAGAUAAUCAAAGCAUAUAAUCUUGUUCUGUAAGGCAAAUCUUGGUGUCUGGAAUAUACAUCAAUCACUGCCAUUCUAAAAUAAAUAUAUAUUUUUGAGGCCCUACAUAUAUCGGUAUUAAGGUGUGCAAGGCAGCACUAAUGAUGCCAGAUGAUGGAGAUAUAUUCAAGUGUAGAGGCAGUUUACUUUAUACAUGGGAAGAAUGGUUAACACCAGUCAAUGGAAUUUGCGCAGUUCUUUAUUAAAUGUUAAAAAUGGCUAGUAUACCAGCUUACAGUAGCUGAUCUCGAUUUUGGAAGGGUGUGGCCCAUUUCUAAAACUUACAUUUAUUUAUUUUUUUAAUAAAAGUUUGUAUAUUUAUAUAUAUUUUUUUAACCUUUCUUAUACAGGAGCGCAUGAUCACACACUUUGAAAGGUCAAAAAUGGAAUGAAAAAAAAGAUUUGCAGGUGAAAAAAUGGACUGCGUGCUCUCUCCCUUGAGAUGGUCCAGAAUAAUGGAUUUUUUAGGUCCGUGACCCCACUGCGAGAUGGAGGAGGACCAGCAGUCCUUUGGAUUAAUUUAUUCCCCCUUUACAAUAAGAACUGAUUUACAUUGCUCUCCCCCCAAAUUCUGUUUUGCUCUCAAGGACUGUAAGCGCGAUACAAAGAAGCAUUUUAUCCACACUGCCCAUUAUUGAACAUGUUUCCAAGACAGAAUCUACAGUAUGUUCUUUGAGCGCCAAGGGAAAGUGGGUGGCAUUGCGCCCCCAGCUGGUGAGCGGAGAGUUUAUCCUUGCUUCUGCACUUUAGGGUUUACAUGUUUAAAUUAACAAUGUUCAGCAGGAGACUUGAUGCAUUCAGUUUGCAUUCUCUGCUAGUUACAUGGUUUUGUGAUUAAGGUGAAAGGCGAGGUGGAUAAAUAACCAUUUUGUGUGCUUUGUUCUGGCUCAUUUUGUGUACGAAAUACACACUUAACGUUUUGGUUUGCCUUUGUAAUGUGCAUUUUAACAAAAACUAGCAUCAAACACAGAGGUCCUCAUUUGAAACUGUGAAAAGGUAAUCUGAACACUUUGAGUGUAUAUCAAAGAAUUAAGCUUUUAUGUCAGCAUAAUGAAGACAUAUUGACAGAAAGCUUGUUGAGAACUUCAAGUGAAUUCCAUCUGGAAGAGUUCUGUUUGGAAACUGCGCUGAGAUCACUUCUUACUGCUACUUCAUAGGUCAACAAAAAGAUAUAUAAAAAGAUAACUGGAAAAUCCACAAUAUUCACGGAAAAAAGUAACCACUAAAUGCUAACUAAACUACAGAAGACGUUCUCAAUUUGAGUCAUGUUUAACUUCUGCAAGGUGAUGGAAAACCAAUAAUUUAAGAGACUGGGCUACACAUUCUUUGUACAUCUAGCUUAAACAUGGAUUUUAUUUUAAUUUUAUUUACUGUUUGACAUGUUUUGUGCUUUCUAAGUCUUUGUCAUUUUUAUAAAUAUAAAACCCAGGAAAAAAAAUAUUUCUCUCUUCCUUUAUUUAUUUGCCUGUUUACAAAGAUGGUAAAUAAAACAGACACUUAUGAAAGACUAA